AUACGUCGUAUACAUUGGUUAGCUGCUGUUCGUGCAACAUAUUUUGAAACAAAACAAGUCGCUAAUGGUGGAAAAAUGCUGAAUAGCGAAGGAGAAGCAGUCGACUUACUACAACAAGAAUUAGAAAAGGCUGAUAAUCCUGAUCAACGUGAUGGUGAUUUAAGAGAUCGUACUAUGUCAUUACAACAUGAUCGUAUGAGUGUAAGUGAAAGUGAACGUGCAGUUCUAUUACAAGAUAUUUCCACAGCAUCGACAUUGUCAAAUCUUGUAUCACAUAGUAAUAAACAUAUCGAUUCAUCUACAUCGUCGACGACUCCAAUACUUGCAGCAAGAAGAUUACAAGAACUAAAAAGGCAACAGACUACACCGCCAUCAUCGAUUAGCGAUGGUGCAGUUAAGAAGAGAAGUGAAACAUAA